UCACGUCCCUCUCCUUCAUCACUUUCCACAGAGCCGCGGACACGAGCCGCACGGGAGGCGCCAACAGCUUCAGCGCGGGUAAAGGGAGACUGCUCUCACCUGUACAAGCAACUACAUCAAACACACGAUCUGGACCAAAGUCCACUUGUUAAGUCAACCCAGGGCUGACACCAUUUCAGGUGAUUACAGCAAAACACAAAUCAACCCAAACAGCAAGAGAAGAAGCCAAGGAAGAAAGGAAAGAAUGGAGUCCACGUCUUCAUUUAUUAAGUCUGUAACCAAGAGAGUAUGGUCCCCCACUCAGCGGCCCUUCAGGGUGUGCUGCCCCAACAGGGAGAUCAGAAAAGGAGUCACUGCUGGAACUCUGGAGGAGCUAAAGGAGCGGGUGAGAAAUCUACAUCUCUUAAAGGCCUGCCAGGCUUUGCUGCUGUCCCUAUCAGCUAUGUCCUUGUCUCUGGUCUGUGAAGAGGAUGGGACAGAAGUGGAUUCAGAUGAGUUCCUUUUCACACUGCCAGACAACACCAUGCUCAUGGCCUUGAAACCUGGGCAAACCUGGAAACCUCUGUCUGGAGCUGUUGUGGCAAAAUCUCCCAACAAGCCCCACAAUGGUAAAGACAUCGCUCGUGUCACCUUUGACCUUUACAAGAUGAGCCCUAAGGACAUGUUUGGCUCCCUGAGUGUGAAGGCAACUUUUCAAGGGUUGUAUUCAGUCAGUGCAGAUUUCCAGUGUCUGGGGCCAAAGAAAAUUCUCAGAGAGGCACUCAGAGUGGCAUCGACCCUACUUCAAGCAGCAGGACAUCUUCUUAUAACAUCUGCGGCAAUGAUUCGGCGCAUCAUCGAAGGAGCUGAACUGUGGCAGCCUCAGAGGGGAGGAGAAUACACUGCCACCUGGAACUGAAUCCAACUGCUGUUUACAUAAAGCAAUGCUAAGCUCUUAAUUACUGACUACUAUCUGUGUAAAAAUUACAAUUAUAUAUUUAUUAUGGAUAGUUUUACUACAAUAUUUACAAAUAUUCUCAAUCGGUUAUAUCAAAAAAUAAAAAUGUGUCUGUUUGAUAAUUAAUGAAAAGGUAUAAUUUUUUGCAAUCUUGUGUUCUAAGGUGGACAUGUGGGCGUUCUUAGUUGUAGAGGAGACUAUGGUGGCUCCCCAUAAUCUAAAAUUAAUCUGAACAAAAAACUGGUUAAACUAAUUCUAUUUUGUAACUAUAUUUCUUUUCUUUUUUUUAUCAGCAGACUCAAAAAGCCCCAUUAUUCUCCAUAUAUUGUUUUGAAUAAAAUUAUUAAAAUAUGGAUCACUUGUGCCACCAUAGUCUGAGUAUUAAAAAGCAAAAUAACAAUUCCAGAUAUUUUGAAGUUUUAUUGAUUCU